GACAGCACCUCCCAGCCUUGCAGGCUGGCUGCCCGCUCACCCAGCCAGUCGGUCGGUCUGGGCACUGCAGUAGGCUGGGCUCUGUCCCAGCACUUGUCUGGGAGAAAAGUGUACUCACUCACCCAGAGACAGUCUCGCUUCCUACCUUCCUUCUUUCUCGAGCUCUCUCUGUGCUUCUGUGAUUCCGUUUUUUUUUUUUUUUCUUCUUCUUCUUUUUUUUUUUUUUUUUGUUGUUGUUGACUUAAUUAUAUUUCUAAUCCUGGAUGAGGUUGCUGGAUUCUGCAGCACAAGUCUUCAUGAACAAGCAGCACCGCUCAGAGAUUUCACGGCAUUCAAAGGUUACAGAACUGCCACUAUGGUUAAAUGUCUUGUUUAAUGGUUGAGAGGUGUGGCGAAAUCUUGUUUGAGAACCCUGAUCAGAGUGCCAAAUGUGUUUGCAUGCUAGGAGAUGUACGACUAAGGGGUCAGACGGGGGUUCCUGCCGAACGCCGCGGCUCCUACCCAUUCAUUGACUUCCGCCUACUUAACAAUACAACAUACUCAGGGGAAAUUGGCACCAAGAAAAAGGUGAAAAGACUGUUAAGCUUUCAAAGAUACUUCCAUGCAUCAAGGCUGCUUCGUGGAAUUAUACCACAAGCCCCUCUCCACCUGCUGGAUGAAGACUACCUGGGACAAGCAAGGCACAUGCUCUCGAAAGUGGGAAUGUGGGACUUUGACAUUUUCUUGUUUGAUCGCUUGACAAAUGGAAACAGCCUGGUAACACUGCUGUGCCACCUAUUUAAUACGCAUGGACUCAUUCACCAUUUCAAGUUAGACAUGGUGACCUUACACAGAUUUUUAGUCAUGGUUCAGGAAGAUUACCACAGUCAAAACCCGUAUCACAAUGCUGUCCAUGCAGCCGAUGUCACCCAGGCCAUGCACUGCUACCUGAAGGAACCGAAGCUCGCCAGCUUCCUCACACCUCUGGAUAUCAUGCUUGGACUACUGGCUGCAGCAGCACAUGAUGUUGACCAUCCUGGUGUGAACCAGCCAUUUCUGAUCAAAACAAACCACCACCUUGCCAAUUUAUAUCAGAAUAUGUCCGUGCUGGAGAAUCACCACUGGCGAUCUACAAUUGGCAUGCUUCGAGAAUCAAGGCUUCUUGCUCACUUGCCAAAGGAAAUGACACAGGAUAUUGAACAGCAGCUGGGCUCCCUGAUCUUGGCAACAGACAUCAACAGGCAGAACGAAUUUCUGACCAGACUGAAAGCUCACCUCCACAAUAAAGACUUGAGACUGGAGGAUGCAGAGGACAGGCACUUUAUGUUGCAGAUCGCCUUGAAGUGUGCUGACAUUUGCAACCCUUGUAGAAUCUGGGAGAUGAGCAAGCAAUGGAGUGAAAGGGUUUGUGAAGAAUUCUACAGGCAAGGUGACCUGGAACAGAAAUUUGAACUGGAAAUCAGUCCUCUUUGUAACCAACAGAAAGACUCCAUUCCUAGCAUACAAAUUGGUUUCAUGACCUACAUCGUGGAGCCGCUCUUCAGGGAGUGGGCCCGCUUCACCGGCAACAGCUGCCUGUCUGAGACCAUGCUGAGCCACCUGACCCACAACAAGGCCCAGUGGAAGAGCCUGCUCUCCAAGCAGCACAGGGGCAGGGCCGGCGGCGGCAGCGCGGAGCCCCCGGGCUCGGGGACCGAGGCCGAGGAGCCGCCGGAGGCCGAGGACGCGGCGCCCUAGAGGC